AUGGUGAAGGAAACGGGCUACUACGACCUGCUGGGCGUCAAGCCCUGUGCCACCAUGGACGAGAUCAAGAGGGCGUACCGCCGCCUGGCGCUCAGAUACCAUCCGGACAAGAACCCCAGCGAGGGGGAGCGGUUCAAGCAGAUCUCGCAGGCGUACGAGGUCCUGUCCGACCCCAGCAAAAGGUCCGUCUAUGACCGAGGCGGGGAGCGGGCCAUGAAGGAGGGCGGCACGGCCAGCCGGGGUGGCUUUGGGCCCCCGAUGGACAUCUUUGACCUGUUCUUCGGAGGAGGGGGCCGCACGCAUGGGCCCCGGGUGGAGAGGAGAGGCAAAACGGCCGUCCACCUGCUGACCGUCACCCUGGAGGACCUCUACAACGGGGGCAGCCGGAAGCUUUCCCUGCAGAAAAACGUCAUCUGCAGGAGCUGUGGGGGCCGUGGUGGCAGAGAGGGCCUCGACGUCCGGUGUCCCAAAUGCCACGGGUCCGGCAUGGAGGUCAUUGUCCACCAGCUGGGGCCCAACAUGGUGCACCACAUCCAGGCCAUGUGCUCGCAGUGCCAGGGCCAAGGGGAAUGGCUGCGGCCCCUUGACCGCUGCCUGGCCUGCAACGGCCGGAAGGUGGUCCGGGAGAAGAAGGUUCUCAACGUGCACCUGGACAAAGGCAUGGCCGACAGGCAGAAAAUCACCUUCCACCAGGAGGGGGACCAGGCGCCCGGAUUCGAGCCCGGAGACAUUGUGAUCGUGCUGGACCAGAAGCCGCACCCGGUCUUCCAGCGCAGGGGCAACGACCUCCUCGUCCGACGGGAGGUGCCGCUGGUGGACGCCUUGUGCGGCUGCAAGCAGGUCAUCCAGACCCUGGACAACCGGAGGCUCUUGGUCUCUUCGCGGCCCGGCUGCGUGAUCAAGCCUGGAGACGUGCGGUGCAUCCCGAACGAGGGGAUGCCCAUCUACCGCAGCCCUGGCCAGAAGGGGAGACUGGUCGUCCACUUCGAGGUGAAAUUCCCGGAGCCCGGCUGGCUGCCCCCCCACCAGCUGCGCCAGUUCCAGUCCUUCUUCCCCCGCCACGAAGAGGUGAUGGCCACGGAGGACAUGGAGGAGGUGGAGCUGCGGGAAUACUUCCCCCAGCCGGACUUCUGCGGCCGUCGCUUCCAGAGCGAGAUCUACCACGAAGAUGACUUUGAGGACCCUCUGCGCCACAACGUCCAGUGCCAGACCUCGUAG